AUGGCAUUCUCUUUCGGCGCACCGGCCUCAACCGGCGCAUCGAGCGGAAGUCUGUUCGGCACAGCAGGCAAUGCGUUCGGCGCCAACAAGGACAACAAUGCGUCCGGCGGUGGUCUUUUCGGAAACGUUGGAGCUUCGUCUGCCGGCACUAGUACCACGCCAUCUCUGUUUGGAGGGAACACAGGUACUGCCAAUGCGCCUUCGGGUGGCACUUCGAGCUUCAGCUUCGGCAACCAAGCUAAGCCCGGAAAUGCCCCAGCCGCAGGUGGUUUGUUCGGUGGCAUCGGCAGCCAAACCCCCAACAAGACUACGGAAUCUUCAACACCUGGACAGCCUGCGAGCAGUGGAAUGUUUGGCGCUACUCCGGCCACAGGAGGUACAGCAGGAGGGUUGUUCGGCGGUGCAGGAUCCACGGCCACCCCUGCUCCCGCGGGGGCCAAUCUGUUUGGCAACAACUCGACUACCCCCGCUGGACCUCCACCAGCAGCGAAUCCUCCAACCGGCGGCCUUUUCGGGGCAGCGAAGCCCGCUCCCGCCGCUACUUCCACCGCAGCAUCUACCACUCCCGCUACUUCGCAGCCAUCUAACAACCUAUUCGGUGGGGGAGCUGCCCCCAAGCCGGCGUUCGGCGGUGGUAUGUUCGGUGGUGCAAAUAAGCCAGCCGAAUCAGCUACUCCCUCAGCUCCUGCAGACGCCUCUGCCAAGCCAUCAUUGUUCAACGCGGCCCCGAGCGGUGCGCAAUCGCAGACACCCUCUCUUUUCAACAAAGCACCAGCUCCUGGCGGAGAUUCAGCCCCGAAGCCUACAUUCCCGGCGCUCGGCGGCGCUCCUUCAGCCACAACAUCUAGCACAACUCCCUCUCUCGGAGCCACAGCCACAUCAAGCGCCACGCCCCAAAAGUCUUUGUUUCCCUCAAUGGGAGGUCCCACUUCCACAGCUGCUCCCUCGAGUACUCCCGCGGCAGCCCCUACGGGUGGUCUUUUCGGCGGAAUUGGCAGCUCCGCUCCCUCCACAACUCCUGGAACAGCAACAACUACCGCCCCUGCUCCCGCGCCCACCGCUCCUACCGGGGGGCUGUUCGGAAACGCUGCAUCUUCCACCCCCGCGACAACCUCUUCGGCCACUACUACGGCCCCUGCUUCCGGGACUCAGACAACUGCGGCGCCAGCUCCAGCCAUGGCUGCACCUGCUAGCACUGCUCCGACCGGGGCUUCUGCGCUUGGCCAAUCCACCACCGGUCCUGCCCCGCCUGCUCAGUCGCGCUUGAAAAACAAGACCAUGGAUGAAAUCAUCACCCGGUGGGCUACAGAUCUUGGUAAAUACCAGAAGGACUUCCGUGAACAGGCGGAGAAGGUUUCUGAGUGGGAUCGUCUCCUGGUUGACAACGGUACCAAGGUCCAGAAGCUUUAUGGUAGCACUGUUGAUGCGGACCGCGCAACCCAGGAGGUUGAGCGCCAGUUAGCAGCAGUUGAGGGCCAACAAGAUGAGUUGAGCUCAUGGCUGGACCGAUAUGAACAUGAGGUGGAUGAGAUGGUCACCAAGCAGGUGGGCCCCGGAGAAUCUCUUCAAGGGCCUGACCAAGAGCGCGAGUCAACUUACAAAUUGGCCGAGAAACUCUCAGAGCGCUUGGACGAGAUGGGCAAGGACCUCACCAGCAUGAUUGAGGAGGUGAACGGCGCUUCAUCCACCUUGAGCAAGACCAACAAAGCGGACGAGCCGAUCUCGCAAAUCGUCCGCAUUCUCAACGCACACCUGUCCCAGCUGCAGCUCAUCGACCAGGGUACCUCUGAUCUGCAGACUAAGGUUGCCGCGGCCCAAAAGGCAGGUCAAUCGAUCUCUGCCCGUCUCGGGUACGGUUAUAACAACAGCGGCAUGGGAAAUGACAACACUGCUGAUGACUUCUACCGCUCCUUCAUGCAAGGACGGUAA